UUAGGACUCCUGCAGUUCAGCAGGGGUCGGGGUGAGGCGCGGCAGUGCUCCUUCCGGGCGUCUACCCCUGAAGCUACGCUCUUAAAGGAGGGGAGAUGUAUAGAUUCUUUUUGUUAUAGCUGGUUAUUGAGUGCAAUUUGUACAGAAAUUCAUAAUGCUUUGGCAAUCUCUUUGCAGACCCAGGAUAUUGGAGAAAUUGCACAGAAAGUGCAGAGCCUGCCCAAAGUGAACAAGAACAGGCAGCGGAUCGUGGUGUUCACACAGGGCAAAGACGACACAGUGGCCACCGUAGGUGAUAACGUGACAAGUUUCCCAGUGCUAGACAUUGAUCAGAAUGACAUCGUGGACACUAACGGGGCUGGAGAUGCCUUCGUUGGAGGGUUCCUGUCGGAGCUGGUUCAGGAGAAGCCCCUGGAGCAGUGCAUCCGGGCCGGCCACUACGCCGCCAACGUCAUCAUCCGACGUGCCGGGUGCACCUUCCCCGAGAAGCCCGCCUUCCAAUAAGCUCCUGGAACCGCUCUCCUCUUCCUCUUCCCCUAAUCACUGUGUAUUGCCAUAUCCUCUCUGUCUCUCUCUAUCUCUUUCAAUCUCUCUCUUUAUUUUGUAUUUUCUUUAAUGUUGCCUGCAUCUCAGACUCUCUGUGCCUCUAUGGUUUUUGUUUACAGUUUCUAUUCCUCUGCAGGGCUCUACAGAUAUUGCAAAUGUCUGAUGCAUCAAACUCAAAUGAAUCCCCCUGUAACUGUGUGAGAACCAGCCUGAACUUGAACUCUAGCUGUCCUUAACUUCACAGUAGUCUUUUUUGUUACACUGACAUACAACUAGCCAUCUCCUUUGUAUUUAAUAAUGAAAAGGAAGAUUAAGCUGUUGCCAUGUCAGAAGAUCCAUUUUUUUGUAAUGUUGAACAUAGAAGGGCAGUCAAGGUAAUCAAUGUCAGAUAUUUCAUACUUAAUAGGCUAAUGAACAGGAAGAGACAAUACUGGGUAAUUAUUGUUGUAAUGCACAGGAUGUGUCCAUAAACGCACAAACCAAUAUUUAAGCUUGAAGGUCAAGGUCUGUCUGCAUGCUCUUUAACUCUUGGGCCAAGCGUCACCGUGACUCGUGAAUCGGACAAGACGAAUAAAUAAAGAAAGAGGAAAAAAAGAUUGAAAAUGA